CAUAAAUUAGGUCCCGGCUGCUCUUCUGUGGCAUAUGGUGCAUCGGAAGAGAUAGGACCAUUUAGAAUAAACAAGAGUGCUUCAGGACUAAACUUGAACAAGUUCUCAUGGAACACAGUUGCCAAUCUCUUGUUCUUGGAAACUCCAGCCGGGGUCGGCUUCUCCUACAGCAACCGCUCCUCUGAUCUCUUUGACACCGGUGAUCGUCGCACUGCAAAGGACUCAUUGCAAUUCAUAAUCCGAUGGCUGGAUCGAUUCCCACGAUACAAGGGCAGAGAAGUAUAUCUCACAGGCGAGAGCUAUGCAGGACAUUAUGUUCCUCAGCUAGCCAAAGCAAUUUUGACAUACAAUUCACAGUCCAAACACCCAAUCAAUCUUAAAGGAAUAAUGGUGGGUAAUGCAGUGACAGACAACUACUACGAUAACCUAGGAACGGUGACAUACUGGUGGAGCCAUGCAAUGAUCUCCGAUAAAACCUACAAGCAACUGAUCAACACAUGCGAUUUUAGGAGGCAGAAGAACUCAGAUCAAUGUGAGUCGUUGUAUAGCUACGCCAUGGAUAAAGAGUUUGGAAACAUAGACCAGUAUAACAUUUACGCACCACCAUGCAACAACUCCGAUGGAAGCACAAGAACUUCUACAAGGCAGACUGCUAUGCAUUUGCCUCAUCGACCGAUGUUCCGGCAAAUAUCCGGCUAUGAUCCUUGUACGGAGAAAUAUGCUGAGCUUUAUUACAACAGGCCAGAUGUACAGAAAGCACUCCAUGCCAACAUAACCAAAAUUCCUUAUAAGUGGACUGCUUGCAGUGAGGUUUUAAAUCGAAACUGGAACGACACAGAUGUAUCGGUUCUUCCUAUUUACAGGGAUAUGAUAACUGCUGGUUUAAGGAUUUGGGUUUUCAGUGGAGAUGUGGACUCAGUGGUGCCAGUCACAGCCACUAGAUAUUCCCUUGCACAACUCAAAUUGGCCACCAAAAUUCCAUGGUACCCCUGGUAUACUAAGAAGCAGGUCGGAGGGUGGACAGAGGUAUACGAAGGGCUGACAUUUGCAACAGUGAGAGGAGCAGGUCAUGAAGUUCCACUUUUCAAGCCAAGAGCAGCUCUUGAGCUUUUCAGAUCAUUUAUUCAAGGGAGGCCUCUUCCCAAAUCCUCAUGAAAAUUGAAAAAUAAAAAUAAAAGAUAAAUAUAAAGACGUGAAAAGGAAAAAAAUUAUUCCUUGUCAAUUCUAAUACCAAUUGGUCUUCUGAAUUUUUAUUGUCCUCCCAGCUUGACAAGAAAUGUUCCGCAAGUGUUGAGAAACAAGUAGAGAGAAAUGAGAGUAUGAUUAUGUUUUAGGAUAGGCAUAUGAGGUGAAAUAUGAAAAAGGUGUAGUUUGUAAUUUGUGGUUGUUUGCUUCCCAGCAUCAAGUGCGACUUUUGGUAGACCCAAGUGUAAAACUCCAUUGAUGGGGGUGUUUGAUUCUUAUUCAAAGUGUCAAGUGAUGAUUCAAAUAUUCGAA